AUGAUCUCGUCAAACACGAGAUCGUCGCGCUCGCGCUAUUCGAGCCCGGCGCAGGGAGCGCAAGGGGGAACUGGAGGCGGAGGACCGCUGGAGGCGAACAAGAACUCGGCAAACGAGGCAUCCAGGGCGUUUAUGCGACGAUGGAUGGAGCCUACCGUUCAGCACAAGGCUAGCUACGAGGAGGCGGGCUUGAUGCGCUUCGGCGUGCUGGAGAAUAUGCAACCCCUGGGGAGCCUGCCCAAGCCUGACAAGGCGGCGGGUGGAGGAAACGGGUCCAAGAAGGAGAACGGGAAUAACGGCGCUACGCAAGCCGAGACUGAGCUUGCGCUUUCCGGGAUCAAGGAUAUCGACGAUAAUAACGACGAGGAUUACGAGCCCAAGGUGGACAUGAAGAGGAAACCUAGCAUGCACCGCGGCGGCGGCGGUGGCGGUGCCAUUGAGGAAAGUCCUGAUGCCACGGCGGCGGUGCCUACGAAAGCGGAAAAUACGAUAUUGGACGAAAGCCUGGCGAAGAGGAAAAAGGCCAUUGAUGAGGUGAUUGACGGCGCUGUGGAGAAUGCCCUCAAAUACCGCCGCUAUCCUACGGCGUACGCUAUUCGCACGCUCUACGACGAAAAUUCCUCAGACGCCCAGAUCGUGUCCAUGUUUGAAGAUGUUUUCCUCCAGCGUGCGGAUACCGAAACGAUAAAUCGUUUUGCCCGCCUCGUCACGGAGCGAAAGGAGGUGGGUGCCAAGGACAAGGUCGCCUUUCGAUUUUUCUCACCUGGUGCGGUGGGGUCUCCAGGGGCACCCAUCCCUGCCCACUCCGCCGACCUGGCUCGAUUCGACCCGACCACGGCAGCUAUUUUGUACGACCAGGUCGAGGAUGUGCGCGCACUCAAGAAGCAAAAACAUCGCAUCUCCCGGAAUCCCCUCACUCUCGAGGUCGCGGCGGAGGACGACGACGGCGGCAGAAGUGACUCGUCCCUUUCGUCCGUGGCGAUAGACACGCCAGAGCUCCAGGCGAUUGCCGAGCUGGUAGACGAGGACAUGAAGCUCGAGUCGGAGGCCCAGGGCCAGCAGCCUCCCAGGAUCAAGCUCAAGACACAAGCCAAGGACCAACAAGGCAAGCCCAAAAUCCAGCGCCAAUUACAACUACAAAACUCGGCUAUGGGACUGAGGAUCAGUGGUGGUGGGAGCGGUGGCGCUGUCGUCGCAGGCUGGGAAAUCCCCUCGGUCGAGCGAGAUGACGAGGACUUGAUGGAGGGCGCGGGAGCCGCUGGUGCUGGGGCAGACGUGUCAGGCGGCCACACCACCGCGCAGCCAAUUACGACGGCGGCCGGUAAAACUGCGGUGGCCCAGCACAAAUCAACCGCGUCCACUAAAGCCACUAAUAAAUCCAGGACCAAUCCCGCCCCCAACUCCCCAACCAGCAGCACUGGGCCGUCCCAAGCCAAGGCUCGCGACACGCUCUCGCUCUCCCCAUCAUCACCGUCGCCCACGGGUCCCAACUCCCACCUUGAUGAGGCAUCCCAUGGUUUCCCUCACGACGACGGCAUCACCAAACCCCAUGCCCACGCCAUGCCUGGCGUCGUGCGUCCACUUUUUCCUAACCUUCCGGUGAAGGCUUCGGCCAUUCGCUCGAGCAUGCGGGAUGCUGACGCCAAUUCGGACGAUGAAUCUCAAUCCUCCCGACCUGGCACUGCGAGUGCCAAGGCUAAAGGGAGGAGAGAGGGCUCUACGAAGCCCCUCGGUGCCGGUGACUCUCUCAAGUCUUCUCCGCCUCAGACAGCCGGGGCCGCCUCUCGCAAGGCGAGGGGCGGUGCGCGGCCUUCUCCCAUCGCUACCGGCACUCCAGGCACCAGGUCAACUCGGUCGGCGGCCAAGAGGACGCACGACGACCUCGAGAGGACGGCGUCCCCGUCGCGGCUUCAGCGAAGAGUAAUGGCCCACAGCGAACCGGCCCUCGAGUUAAGACUUCGGGAGGGCAUCCUCCACGUGCCCGGAGCCCAACCCAAUCGUGAACAGGUUGAAAACGACGAUUACUGUUCGUCUUGCGGCAACAACGGCGACUUGAUCUGCUGUGAUAACUGCUCCAAGUCUUUCCACUUUGAGUGCGUGGACCUUGUCGGCUCUGCUGGCCUACCUGAUGACUGGUUCUGCAAUGAUUGCGCGUACAAGCGGUCUGCGCGGCGCGAGGAACACAGUGGACCGUUUGGCGGUCUCCUCACCCUCCUUGACAAGACGAUUCCCCGCGCUUUUAAUCUACCUAAGAAGGUGCAGACAUACUUUGACGGCAUCAAGGCGGGUCCAAACGGGGAGUACGAGGAGGUCGAGCGCACUUCCAAGCAGUCUAGAAAGGAAAAGAAUCAGGAAUUCGACCUCUGGCAGCAACGCGAUAGCGAGGGAAAUGCGGCGCUCUGCCAUGGCUGCCAAAAGGGCGCGUCGAGUACGAGCAGGAUGAUGAUGCUGUGUUCGGCGUGCCCCCUCUACUGGCAUCUCGACUGCAUCGAGACACCGAUGGCACACCCGGCCAACCCGAAGAAGUGGAUUUGUCCAGCUCACGUGGAUCACUUCUACAACCCCGACAACGUCCCUCUUGGUCGGCGAUUCCGCAAGGUCCGCGGAUCUCAGGUCGUCAAGCCGGUUUACUCUCGGGCCCGGGGCAUCAAGCUCGACUUUAUCGAACAACUCCGCAAGAUUGGCGCUGGCCAUAUCCCCGGAGCUGAAGCGAGCUCGAGCGAAGAACAGCGACAAUCACAGCUGCAAACUGGCCGGGUCAGCGAGGCUCCAGGCCUCGACGACGCUGAGGCGGCGGUGGCACUCUGUAGACUCUUUGACGCCAGCAGCCUAGAACCAGUGGUGGUAAAGAAGGAAGAGAAUGACUCUCUCAGCGAAGCCAUCGAGGUUCCUGACGGCGAAACGGCGCCGAAAUCAGAUCCUACUGAGGAGAGUCAAGGCUCACGGGCCGAGCCAGAGCGGGUCGACGAGAACGAGACUCUGAAGCUCUUGGCUCAAGUGCAAGAAGGUCACAUCACGGGCAGUGCUAUGAGCUUGAGUGACAAGCAGUCCCUACGACGACUGAUGGAAUCUAUCAGGUCCGCGCUCGGGGAGGAUGUAGAGGAGGAUACAGACAAGGCUCACCAGGAGAUGAUGGCCGACCUUGACGGUGUUUCGGAUGGUGCCUCGACGACGCCGGAGGCUUCGGAAGAGGCGUCGACAGACGAGGCGACGGUGGGCGAGCAAGGUAGCGAGUCGGCGGAGACGAUCAAAACGACGAGCGACGGCAUUGAGCUCGUGGAGAUGGCGGAUGACGACCCGGAGCUUGCUAGGGCAGCGAGCGAUAAGCUUUCGACGAGCGGAAACGGCACGGCGCCGCCUUCUAAGACGGAGUCGGUCCAGGACGUUGACAUGGCAGACUAA